AUGAAAGAUACAGGUGGUCCAGGUGCAAGUUCCCUCUUUGGUCUGUUUACAGAAGUUGGCCCAUUAAUAGCCAAAGAAGAUGACAAUCAACGAGACGUGUUUCUCAAUCUACAAGCAAAGAUUGCCGCCGAAAUAAAAAAAGAAAAUUGGGCGCAGGCUGAUAUCCUAAUGGACCAAUUAAUCGAUGGAGAACUGACGAACUCGUCAUAUUUCAAGAAGUACACUGGCUUUGAUUACUACUACAACUUCAUGAAGCCGGAGGACGAUGAGGACAUGACAGUUUUCGUCGAUUUACUCCACAACGACAAAGUCAGGCGCAGCGUCCACGUGGGCGGGCUGCCUUUCAACUCCGGCGAAGAAGUGCGAAUCCGCUUGGCGCUAGACUUGUUGAAAUCGGUGGCGCCCCUAUUAGAGACACUGUUGUCGCACUACAAAAUUUUGCUCUACAACGGACAACUGGACAUCGUCGUGGCGUACCCGCUUACGGAGAACUUCCUGAGGAAAUUGAGGUUUUCGUCCGCGGAGGAAUACAAGCGCGCUCCACGCAGGAUAUGGAAGGUGGGCGCUGAUAUUGCCGGCUACGUCAAAACGGCGCACAACCUGACCGAGGUGCUGGUAAGAAACGCGGGGCACAUGGUCCCUCACGACCAGCCGAAAUGGGCUCUAGACAUGAUAAACAAGUUUAUACAUAAUCAAUUU